GCUGUUGAGCUGGGAGGCGCGGUUGGAAGUCGUUACUUUGAGGGGGGGCAGUCACCGGGCGAUCCACCUUAGUCGAAGCUCAGAAGGGAACGGCUCAGGGACCAGGGUGGGCUACUUUUUUUAUUUUCCGGGGCUUUUGAUUUUUCUUGUCUUUUGCUUCGGGCCGAUUGUCGCUCACAAAAAAAGAAAAAAAACAAAAAAACAAAAACCUGAGAUACCCUUUCCAAAACCCCGAGCAGCUCUCCGGUCGAUUUCUGGAGCUCGGAGCCGCCGGGUGCUGCGAGCGCCGGACGCGCAGGAGAGGGGAGCAAAGCAAAUUGCGGGCGGGGACCCGGAGCUCGCUCUACCGCUUGUCGCGGUCCUCUCGCGCAGGAAGCGCGCGAUGAAGGCGGUGAGCCCGGUGCGCCCCUCGGGCCGCAAGGCGCCGUCGGGCUGCGGCGGCGGGGAGCUGGCGCUACGCUGCCUGGCGGAGCACGGCCACAGCCUGGGUGGCUCGGCAGCCGCCGCCGCCGCUGCGGCGGCCGCGCGCUGCAAGGCGGCCGAGGCGGCGGCCGAUGAGCCGGCGCUGUGCCUGCAGUGCGAUAUGAACGACUGCUACAGUCGCCUGCGGAGGCUCGUGCCUACCAUCCCGCCCAACAAGAAAGUCAGCAAAGUGGAGAUCCUGCAGCACGUUAUCGACUACAUCCUGGACCUGCAGCUGGCGCUGGAGACUCACCCUGCUUUGCUGAGACAGCCGCCACCGCCCGCGCCACCUCUCCACCCGGCCGGGGCUUGUCCGGUCGCGCCGCCGCGGACCCCACUCACCGCGCUCAACACUGACCCGGCCGGCGCCGUGAACAAGCAGGGUGACAGCAUUCUCUGCCGCUGAGCUGCGAUGGAUGGCCAGGUGUGCGGCCGCCUGAGCACCAGCGAGCCAGGAGCCCUAGGAAGGGAGGGCCAGAGCAGAAAUUAAGAGAAACAAGCCACCGGAGGAAAGGGGGGGAAAUCUUCAGCAAAUCUAGAAACGUCGUCUCGUCUUGUCAUUCCAAGAGAGAGAGAGAGAGAGAGAGAGAAGGGGAAAAAUAAAACUUAAAUUCACUUUUACUUUUUUUGCACGUUCACGAGCAUUCACCGUACGUAUUCUCUUUCGUUUCUUCUUUUAUGACCGCUGUGAAUUGUACGUUUCUGUGGUUAUUUUUAUCACCCUUUUGAAGGUGCAGUUAAACUUCGAAGCUUAAGUGUUGUCGACCAGACUGCUAAGUAGAAGAGCAAUCGUGAAUCCAACCUUAGAGGCUACAUUGUGACAAGGGAACUGUUUUUGUUUUUGAAGCUUUACUAAUAUACCAGAGCACUGUAGAUAUGUUGUUUUACAUCUAUUGUUUAAAAUAGAUGAUUAUAACAGGGCGGGGAACUUUUUCUCUGCAAGAAUGUUACAUAUUGUAUAGAUAAGUGAGUGACAUUUCAUACCCUGUAUAUAUAGAGAUGUUCUAUAAGUGUGAGAAAGUAUAUGCGCUUUAAUAGACUACUGUAAUUAUAAGAUAUUUUUAAUUAAAUAUUUUUUGUAAAUAUUAUGUGUCUGUUUUUUUAAAAUCGAUGGGAAUAUUUCUUUUGGAAAAUUAUUUUUCAGCUCCCUUGCAGAGCUUUUGCUAUCUGGAUGUUUUCUGUUUGGCCAGGCUGUUGAUUUGGUUUUUUUGUUUUGUUUUGCCCAGUAUCCAGUUUCUGAGGCUCAGAGGUAACAGCUCUCUGGUACUGGUCUUGCAUGAUUGCAUGAGGUGUUCAAUCACAAAAUAAACCAGUUACGAGUCCUUUCAAAUGUGCUUUCUUUAACCUAGAUGGAAACCUUUGUAUUUGACGUGUACAUGGUAAAAACCUACCUUCUCGGGUUUUAAGUACAGGGUUUUAUAGUGUAAUAUAUAAAGAAUUAAGUGUGUGGGGUUUUUAUUAUUAUUAUUCUUUUUGAACUGAGGUCAAAAAUAGAUUCUGAGUGAAUUCGCAUAUAGGAUGGAGAAAUGCUUGGACCUUUAAGAAGUCUACAGAACUGCUGUCUUUUCAAAGUGAAAAUGCUCGCCCUUCAUUUUACACUAAAGCAUAAUGUCAUGAAGUUUCAUAUCUGUACAGAUUAUUUAAAUCAUAGAAAUGAAAAAUGUUCUCUGCUUGCUACCAAAGGACAAACUCUUGGAAACGGACAUUUUCUGCCCUCUUCCCUCCAAAGAAUAUUAAUAGGCAUCAGUAGGAGAAAAAAAAAAGAAAAAAAAAACAUACUGGAAAAUCCUUCAAGCAGGGAUAAAAGUCGAUCUUCAAAUAUUAACUUAAGUAGACCAAAAAUUCUGAUGACCACAUCUAGAUUAUUUUUCUAUAAAAAAAUGAUUUUCACUAUAGCGAUGUCAGUCACCACUAAGCUACUGUCCAAUUCCAUGUGAUGUGUAACUUUUACAUGUGAAAAUUAAAAGUAGAUUUAUCUGUCUUGUACUGUGACUUCUGAUGUGAUUUCUUAACGCUAUAGGAUUGACUAAGGACCCUUCUUCCCUUCCGGGAAAAAUCAUAUAUUCUAGGUGAGCUGAGAACUCCAGGGUUUAUGAACAUCACACAUUUAAUGUAAUGGGUAUUUUACAUACCAGUUAGAUGGAAUUUUUAAGAGUGGGAGAAUUAAGUGGGAUUUAAUUGGGUGCUUUGUAAAUAGUGAACUGUGUGUAAACGUGCUCUGUUUGAUUUUUAAAAGGAAAAGGAUUUGUUUCAGAUUAUACAAGAAUAAAAGUAUUAUAGACCCAAGGGACUUUUUAUGAAGUCAAAGUCAAAUAUUUAUGGGGAUCUGAAAUGUCACAGUUCCUAGCUGUCAGCUAGGGGGGAUAACUCAACGAAAAGGGUCAAAAUGAGUGCGAGGUUAAAAAUUCAUGGAGGGUUUCUAUAAAACCUGUGCGAUUCUGUCCACCUCCCACCCCAGGGCUUGCCCCUCAUCUCCUUCCCUGGUCUCCAGUCUAUUUAGAAUUUGGUGUUGAACCUUAUAAAGUCAAAGGGCCGCUUUUGGAUGAGGUUUGUGCUUGGUUGUUUUAUAUUGCUCAUACUACUCGUGCAUCAGGAAGAAAGCACUAGAUCACUGAUGGAAUUCCGGAUCUCAAGGAUUCUAAGGACUGCAUUCUUUGUUAUUAAAAAGGGCACUUUUUGCCUUUUGGCAGUUUAAUUUCAGAGGGAUUGUGUCACGUGUGUGCCCUUCCCUGGGACUAUGCGCUUGGCAUGCCUGACUGCUGAACCCUACCUAAGCUGUUAGGCAGAGUUUAAAACGGCAUUGCUAGACUCUGAAUCUUUUUAAAAAGUUUGGAUGUUUCUGCUGUUAGAGAUAUUGGCAUAUAAAUUUAUAUCUGAGCAUACAAAAACCACUGAAAGAAAUGUGGAGAUCCUGUUGUUUGAGAGUUGAUACUUUUUCCUUGGCCCUCUGAAGCAGCAGUUGACAUCUCUAAAGAAAUACAACCACUGCUGAUUAAAUGACAAGACAACAAGUAUCCUAUGUAGUUGUAGAAGAUGCUACUUUCUAUGAGGAUAUUGCCUGUGUCCUAACCAGGCAACCAGAUAAUAAAAACAUGUUAAGUCUUUUAUCCAGAUUGUUAUACUUAUGCAAAUAUUUAGCUUAACAAAAGAAAAUAUCCUGACCUGGUUUUGGUAAUUUGUAGUUUCAUUGUAUAGGCAAAACCAAAGAAUAAGGUUCAUUUAAAACCUUGGAAGGAAAAGAAAUACACCCCCCCCCCACCCCCACACACACAAUGGAUGUUAUUUCUAAAGUUGUUACAAAAUCCUGGCAUCUCAGACAUCUUAGGAUAAAACAGUAUAUACCCUUUGGUUUGAAAGAACUGACUUUGGUAUUGUACAAUUCCUACUCAAGUUCGUUGUCAACUUUAACGGCAUUUUUAAAACUUUAAAAAAACUUAAUUCAUCCUUCCCUAACUGUUGUAUUAGAUGCCUCCUGUACUAAUAAAUCAAUCUUCACUGAGA